UUUACUCUUGUCAAAUAUUCAUUGAACUUGUGUAAAGAAUCAUAUCGCUACGAUGGCUUUUAAAACUGUUUGCCUGCUUUUGGUCUUAGCUGUGGCGGCCUAUGCUUAUCCACAAGGCUACGGUCAUGGUGGUUUCGUUGACGAUCCCGGCUUCGGAAACGGACAAGGUCAGGGUGGAUUCCCUACUCAAGGAAAUGGUUUACACUAUGACAGCGGAUUCUCCAAUGGUCAAGGACAGGGCGGAUUCCCUACACAAGGUGGCUUCAAUUCAGACCCUGGAUUCGGUAACGGUCAGGGUCAAGGAGGUUUUGGACACCAAGGAGGUUACAGACAAGGAGGUCAAAGACACAGGGGCGGAUACCAGGAACACGGAUACUAAAUAUUAUAUUAAAAUUUAAUAAAUAAUAUAUGACAUA